AUGGAGCUUGAAGACGGGUUAGCAAGUAGUUUCGCGAUAGCCCCACAAACCCUCUUGUGGCACUGUCUUAUUCUUGCUCCCACUCCUACCGAAAGUAGCAUCCCCAUUCUGAGACACGCUAUCUGUACCGCCAUGAACAACGCCGUCAAAAACGCGCGCACCUUUCCAAACGAAUGGCAGAGCCUGUUGGGGAGAUGCCUCUGGUGUGUGCGAAUCAAUGCUCUUCUUAUUCUUCUCUUUAACACCAACUCCACCGCUUUACGUCUGAGGCCCAACCUGCGAUACCGACCCACGCAUCGACAGAUAGUUGCCACCCACCUAAUACCCCCCCACAAUUCAUCGAAAACACGCACCAGUUAUCAUAUCGUCCACAUCUAUGGGUUUUCGACCUCUCUCAUAUCAUCCACCACACUCGCAUCCAUUCCAUCCAGCCCACCCUCUGUUCUGCUGGAGACGUCAUCGUCAUUGUUACGUGUCGAGGAGGAGAUUUUGCAGCUUAUUGUGCCUGUCGUUCGUGAUUCUACGAGCCCCGCCUCGCUCUUCCUGGGUCAAUGCUCAUCUGGCAUUGCGGCUUUGGGAUGGACUACGACGAGAACCGAAUCGUCGACGGCAUCCCUGGAAUUUUGCACAAUUGGGGUCGAAAUCGUUCGAGCUGUUGUGGAUAGAAGGGAAGAGGGUGGAGUCAGACUUGGAGCCCUUCGGUGCGGUGGGUCUGGAUGGGAAAGCACGAUGAAGACCGCGACGGACAACAAUGCCGAUGCCUUGGUACUACGACUACUCGUGAGGUUUACUUCUCUUUUUCUCUUCCUAUCUCUUCUAUCGAUCCACUUCAUUAGCUCCCUGCUACGCAUAUCUUGUAUCUUUCUUCUUGGCCCAGAAUUGUCUCUGUAUUGUUUACAGUCCAUCGUUACUUCAGUUUUCGCGGGCGUCUUUCGGUGGGAACAGCUCCAGAGUGAAUACAAGCGGCGGCUCCUGCGCAAUCAAGUACUGGAUCCUGCUCUCCACGAAGUCACUCAAAACCCGCUCUAUUAUCCAGAGAUCGCCUCCGAUGCUUAA